GCACGGGAAGAAGAAGCGGCGCUCGCUCACGCUUGUGGCGGUGGUACUGGCUGGCUAACUAUUGCUCGGUUGUAGAUUAUGGCUGCUUCAAAGCCAGUCGAGCCACAGUCCGGGACUGGACUACCCCGCUGGCAGCUGGCACUGUUAGUCGGGACCCCCAUAGUGCUGGGAGUGGGGGCGGUGUACCUCUGGAACCGCAGCAGGACGAAGGAGAGGAAAGGCACCGGGGAGCGGAAAACACCAGAAGGCAGCGCGAGUCCCGUGCAGGGCCAAGACGGCGCAGCACGAGCCAGCCGAGAGCAGGACACCAUGAGCCCUUUGGAUCGGGCUCAAGCAGCAAAGAACAAGGGUAACAAGUACUUCAAGGCUGGAAAGUAUGAGAAUGCCAUCCAGUGCUACACAGAGGCCAUUGGUCUCUGCCCCACAGAGCAGAAGACUGAUUUGUCAACGUUUUACCAGAACAGAGCAGCAGCCUACGAACAGCAGAUGAAAUGGACAGAGGUGGUACAGGACUGCUCUCAGGCCGUGGAACUGAAUCCACGCUAUGUCAAGGCUCUGUUCAGGAGGGCUAAAGCUCUGGAAAAACUAGACAACAAGAAAGAGUGCCUAGAGGAUGUCACAGCAGUGUGUAUUCUCGAGGCCUUCCAGAACCAACAGAGCAUGCUGCUAGCAGACAAGGUCCUGAAACAGCUGGGAAAAGAGAAGGCCAAAGACAAGUACAAGAAUCGUGAACCGAUGAUGCCCUCUCCUCAGUUCAUCAAAUCCUACUUCAGCUCGUUCACUGAUGAUAUCAUCUCGCAGCCCCUGCAGAAGGGCGAGAAGAAAGAUGAAGACAAGGACAACGAGGGCGAGGCAGCUGAGGUCACUGGGAGCUCUGGCUACCUGAAGGCCAAGCAGUACAUGGAAGAGGAGAACUACGACAAAAUCAUCAGUGAAUGCACCAAGGAGAUCGAGUCAGGUGGUCGAUACACUGCCGAGGCCCUCCUGCUGCGUGCCACAUUCUACUUGCUGAUUGGUAACGCUACUGCUGCUCAACCUGAUUUGGACCGGGUAAUCAACAUGCAGGACGCCAAUGUUAAGCUACGAGCCAAUGCUUUGAUCAAGCGUGGAAGCAUGUACAUGCAGCAGCAGCAGCCUCUGCUCUCUACACAAGAUUUCAACAUGGCAGCCGACAUCGACACACGCAACCCUGAUGUCUAUCACCACAGGGGUCAGCUGAAAAUCUUGCUGGACCAGGUGGAUGAAGCGGUGGGAGACUUUGAUGAGUGCAUCCUGCUCAGGCCUGACUCUGCUCUCGCCCAGGCACAGAAAUGCUUUGCUCUUUACAGACAAGCAUACACUGGAAACAACCCGUCUCAAGUACAGACAGCCAUGGACGGCUUUGAGGACGUUAUCAGAAGGUUUCCCAAGUGUGCAGAGGGCUACGCUCUUUACGCUCAGGCUUUGACUGAUCAGCAGCAGUUUGGAAAAGCUGACGAGAUGUAUGACAAAUGUAUCGAACUGGAACCAGACAAUGCUACCACAUAUGUCCACAAGGGUUUGUUACAGCUUCAGUGGAAACAAGACCUGGACUUGGGUCUAGAGCUCAUCAGUAAGGCCAUUGAAAUUGACAACAAAUGUGAUUUUGCCUAUGAAACCAUGGGAACCAUUGAAGUUCAAAGGGGCAAUCUGGACAAGGCAAUAGAAAUGUUCAACAAGGCAAUUAACCUAGCCAAGUCAGAGAUGGAGAUGGCCCAUUUGUACUCGUUAUGUGACGCAGCGUACGCCCAGACAGAAGUGGCAAGGAAGUAUGGGCUGAAACCUCCGACACUGUAACUCGUCUGCCAUCUGAUCGCCAAUCUCUUCAUCGCUGAACCUAGCUGUGUUAAAAGUGCAACUGUCUGACUUAAUUUUAAAUUUGUAAAACCUGAGUACUGGAUUAUAUGAGGAAAAAGGAAGAGCCCUAAUAUAUACCCUGUUUACAUCACAUUAAAGGGGUUCGUUGACACGGAGAGAAGGAUUUCUAUUCACAAUCAAGUCAAGGCUGUGAUCCGGGCCUGGGAAGUUGGGUGGGGGGUCUUACAGGGGAAACCUCAGUAUUUUUCAACCUGGAACUUGUUUUCCCAUGCUUUUGUGUCAAAGUGACUAAUGGGGACAACAGUUUGUGAAUUUGGUCCAGUAUUGAGGGGGAGAGCGCUGCAGCAGCAAAAUGGGCUACGACAUCACAACAGUGUACGUCAAGGGUCGCUCACAGAGAAGUCUCCUCUGUUAGCACAGCACCCACAGGACCACCACCAGUCUCCUGAGCUAUACUCUGGCUCAAAUAAUUAUAGGUGGCCGUUGAAUUCAAAGGCCUCAUCCACAUUGUCAAAAUCAGCAAAAUAUUCAUGACAUUGGAAAUCUUUUACAUAACACUAAGCUACGCUUUCUGUAUUCCAACACAACAAACUCUUCCCAGCCGGCCCUCUUCUUUCCUCGUGUUUCCACUGUUUACUUCCUGCAACAAGGCACCUGACCUCUCACGAGAUUUCACUACCAGACUUCUCGUUGAGCGUGACUCGGUUAGACGCUCAGCAGCUCAAGCAAAAGCAACAGUAAAACGUUUCUCUGUAGGGUUGUGUUGUCUGACAAAAACACGAGCCCGCCAAGAGCAAAAACAAGCACUUUUAAUGGAUUUACUUUGACAGUGCGCGAUUGACCAUAACUCAAUACUGGACCAGAUUUAAACUUGUUAGUCACUUUGACACAACCACAUGGGAAGAUGAUGUUCAUGUUGAAAAAUAUCCAAGUUACCCUUUAAAACACAUCCCUUAGUUCACACUUUAUUCAACCAGAACGUCGUUGUCAAACCCUGUUAUUGGUCAGAAUAAUGAGGAAGAUUGUGUCAUCUAGAGAGAAAAACAUACAUGAAGUAUCAUGUAUACCUGUCUAAAUUAAUAGUAACUGUGUAAAAUGUACAAGUGUGCACAGUCUGUUGAACCAAUUACUGACUUAAAGGCUUUUGUGACACUUUUCAACCUACAGAAAAUACUGUGAGAGCUUUAUAUAGUUCUAAUGGACUGCUCACUUGUUAAUUUAUGCUGAUCUAAAGUGGUUUUGUCCAGCUCCUUUCAUAUUGUAACAUACAUUACAUACAUACAUCAGCUCCGAAUGCAAGAUUAAAAUUCUAGUCAAAUGUGUAAUGUCUGUGUUUGUAAUGCUGGAAUUGAUCCCACGGGGCAACAGAGAGGUUAGUUAAGCAUCCAAGUGUUUGAUUUUUUUUUUCUAAUUAUGGGAUUGCCUGUUUUCUUUUUUUAUAUACUUUGUGCAGCAUGUUCACUUUAUAAAUAAAUGUAAAUGCAAUGCUCGUGCUGUCUUGAACACUAGGAAACCCCAACUAUAAGAGACUUUGGGCAAAACACUUUUGAUUAGAAAAACUUAACUUUAUGUCAUUAGUUUUUGGAAAUGUUUUUUUUAAUUGCCUCUAGUGUCAGAAGAUGUCACAAGGGAUUGGAUAUUCUCUGUUUUUCCUAGCUUACUUUAAUUAAGAAACAUGAUUUAUUUUCUAUUUUAUUGUAAAAUGUUUAUUUUUCAUGCUACAUUUGGUUUCAACUUUUGACAGAGUAACCUUAAGACUGGUUUUAUUUUUCUCUCCUUUUCAAAGUAUAUUCUCACAACCCCAAGCCUUAUUGUUUCUAACCCACGUGCAGCCCUGAGGAUCUCUUGGGACAGUGUAUGAUUUGGUUCUCCAGUAGCAUCUGUACUUUGUAAAAAAUAAAAGUAGCCACCACUGCUGGAUGUUUCUAUGUUUAGAACAUUUUCUAUUUUUAGAAAACUAAAUUCAGAUACUUCUGUUCUGUGACAUUCAUUCAUUUAGCAGCAGUAAUGGCGACAUUUUAUUGAGUGUGUGGUAAUAUCAAGGAACCAAAUCAUGCAUUCCAGCUGCAGCUGCUGAGGACUUCUCAACAGAGAUCAUCUUUCUUAAACUUACAGAAGCAAACAAGAGUUAACGCAGGUAAUCUUCUGAUAUCCACUAAACUUUGACUGAUUGUUAGAAAUCACGCUGACCUUCUUCAUCAACGAAAUGUAUGGUGACCAAAGUGAAAGAGUAUGAAUCCUAAUAAAGUUGUAAUUCCUGGAAUGAA